GGUGUUCUGUGUUUUAUGUCGCUCUAUGAAAGCGGCGGAUUUGUGAACAACUGAACAUCGCUGUCGGUUUUGUUGAGAUUUUAGAUUUUGACAUUAUUUUCUUUCUGUUAAUGAGCACGUAUGCAUCAAGAUUAAAUUCUAUAUCGUGAUAUUUACGAGUUAUGGAUGUGCCUAACAUCAUUUGAGAUGUUUUGAACUGUGAAUUUGCUACUGAAGAUUGACGAUGGCUGUUCCUGUCAGGCAGCAAACUUGUACACGUUCUUAAAUAAUCUAGAAAACUACGAUAUAAUCAUUCAUUAUAGACUGUUAUAGCAAAUAAUAGAAUUGCAAAGAUGAGUGAGAAUGCAGUAAAUAGCGCCCGGAGGCCCAACUUUUCCAACAUACCACAAAAUGGCAUUAACAGAAACCUGAAUAUCAACAAUAUCAAACCGACAACAGCCAAAAAACUGGUGAUAAAGAAUCAAAAAAGUGAGCCCAAACUCCCAGAGGAUUACCGCGAACAAACAUGGGAAAAGCUGAAAAGUGCAGUUCUUGCAAUUCAGCAAUCCAAACCCAACCAAUAUGUACUCGAAGAGCUCUACCAAGCUGUAGAAAACAUGUGCAAUCACAAAAUGGCGCCCACUCUCUAUUCAAGACUCUACAACCUAAUUGAAGACCAUGUCUCUCAUAACAUAGAGCAAUUCUUGGCGGAAUCCAUGGAUCGGUUCUUGUUUCUUAAGAAAAUGAAUGAUACUUGGCUAGCUCACUGUAACCAAAUGAUAAUGAUUAGGAGUAUUUUCUUGUACUUGGAUCGAACGUACGUUCUUCAAAAUCCUAAUAUCUCAUCAAUAUGGGAUAUGGGACUGGAAUUGUUCAGCAAACACAUCAUUCUAAAUACUUUGGUUCAAACUCGUGUUGUUGAAGGGCUACUCAUGCUUAUAGAAAAGGAGAGACAAGGUGAUAAAGUGGAUCGCACUUUACUCAAGUCACUCCUGAGGAUGUUGACGGAUCUUCAGAUCUAUGAUGAAGCUUUCGAGCAAAAGUUCUUGCAAUCAACUGAGCGGCUGUAUGCUGCCGAGGGGCAACGUUUGAUGCAACAACUUGAAGUUCCUGACUAUUUGGCUCAUGUUGAUAAAAGACUUCAGGAAGAAAACGAACGAGUAUUGCAUUAUUUGGAUUCAAGCACAAAACACCAGCUUGUACACACUGUGGAGAAACAACUAUUGAGUGAGCAUGUUAACAAUAUCCUUCAGAAAGGCCUGGAUCAGUUAUUGAAUGAAAACAGAAUCCACGAUUUAACUUUACUAUAUCAACUACUAAGUCGCGUAAAGACUGGCUUAACUGAGCUGUGUAGCGCUUUUAACGCUUAUAUAAAAAAGAGAGGAAAGACUAUAGUUAUAGAUCCAGAAAAAGAUAAAACUAUGGUACAGGAGCUAUUGGAUUUCAAAGAUUGCAUGGAUAAUAUUGUCGUGGUCUGUUUCAAUAGAAAUGAGAAGUUUGGAAACUCUCUUAAAGAAGCCUUUGAACAUUUCAUUAACCAGAGAACAAAUAAACCGGCUGAGUUGAUAGCAAAAUUCGUGGAUUACAAGCUCCGCGCAGGUAACAAAGAAGCCACAGAGGAAGAGUUAGAAAGACUUUUAGACAAAAUAAUGGUCCUCUUCAGAUUUAUUCAUGGCAAAGACGUUUUUGAAGCUUUUUACAAAAAAGAUUUGGCAAAGAGACUCUUGGUUGGCAAAUCGGCAAGUGUGGAUGCCGAAAAGAGUAUGCUCAGCAAGUUGAAACAAGAAUGUGGUGGGGGAUUCACAUCCAAGCUUGAAGGAAUGUUCAAAGACAUGGAACUUAGUAAAGACAUUAAUGUUGCCUUUAAACAGCAUCUGAAUGUUAAUGGGAGGAACUUAACGUCAAUUGAUAUGACUGUCAGUAUACUGACCAUGGGAUAUUGGCCAACCUACCAGCCUAUGGAUGUGACCCUUCCAGAGUACAUGGUCAGGCUUCAGGAUGUUUUCAGGGACUUCUACCUGAGCAAACAUAGUGGCAGAAAACUGCAGUGGCAACCGACUUUAGGAUACUGCGUGCUUAAAGCAUCCUUCAAGGCUGGUCCUAAAGAACUUGUAGUAUCCCUGUUUCAAACAUUAGUCCUACUGUUGUUCAAUAGCUAUGAUGAGCUUGGUUUUGAAUAUAUCAAGGCUGCUACUAAUAUUGAAGAUGGAGAAUUGCGAAGGACACUCCAGUCAUUGGCAUGCGGUAAAGCUAGGGUCCUGAAUAAGAUUCCAAAGGGACGAGAUAUAGAAGAUAAUGAUAAAUUUAGGUUUAACAAUGAUUUUACUAAUAAGCUGUUCAGGAUCAAGAUCAACCAAAUCCAGAUGAAGGAGACGACUGAAGAGCAAAAGGCAACUGAAGAACGAGUAUUCCAAGACAGGCAGUACCAAAUUGACGCUGCAAUUGUGAGAAUUAUGAAAAUGCGGAAAACCCUUAGCCAUAAUCUUCUCAUUAGCGAAUUGUACCUGCAGCUUAAAUUUCCUGUCAAGCCUGCUGAUUUGAAGAAAAGAAUAGAAUCUUUGAUCGACCGAGAUUACAUGGAAAGGGAUAAAGAUAAUCCAAACCAGUACAACUAUGUUGCUUAGAUUCUUCACAAUUUACCAUGAAUUUAAUUUAAAUCUAGAAGCAUCGGUGGAGGCAGUUAAUUUUUAUGUUGAAAGUUCCAACAGAGCUUCUGGUAAUUUGCUGUAUUCUAUCUUCAUGACCUAUUUUGGGUGAUCACAAGAAGAGUCUCGUCAAGUAUUGAUUUUCGUCUAUACAUAUACACGAGUGUCUUGAAAUUUGGGACUUUACUUCUCAGAGACAACUAAGUACACCAUAAACGUGAAAAAGUAAUUGAAGAAAAAUACGAUCCAUUUGGUAAGGACUUACAAGAAUUGCCCUGUCACAUGUUUCUAAAUAAUGCUUGCAGUUUUCGCUGUUCGAUUCAAAAUCACGAGUUUGCUUACUUCUUCCUAAAUUUGCAACAUUUGGGGCUGUCUAAGUCUUCUAAUGUGCACGAUAUAAACAAAUCUACACAGGUCUGAUCGAGAACGACGUUCUGAAAACAAUCGUGGAGUAUCAAUAGUAUCUUGAAUACACUCAAUGUAAACUAACAUCAAAUUAAUAACUACGCCAUUGUUCAAGGAAUGUGGAAAUUUCGGUUUUUAAAAUGCAACUUGUUUAUAAACUAGGUAAAUCUACACAUCGCGCGGCGCUUGAUUUGGAUACUGACUACUACUACAAUACAUUAUCCCUUUUCACGAAGGAGUAAGAGGAGGGGGGAGGGAGGCAGGGUCGAGCUAGCCUAUUUAUAGUUUUUUUGGAUCUUGGUUAUCUUAAUGCUUUGGUACUAAGAAAACUUGCUUAUUAUCGCCUUACCUAUACGCUCUGUAUAGGAAAGUCCCAACUUUGAGGACAUCAUGUACAGGAUGAAAGCCGCAUUUUAGACCCUCCUAAAGAGUACGGAAAAUUACCAGUAAUUGAAACAGUGUCUCUCAUAAGUAACUUUGGUUUUUGCUGUUUUAAUUUGGAUUAGUGUAUUUUUAUUAAAUGUUUGUUAAUUUUUUACUAGCUGCCUUUACUCAACGACUGCCCCUAUCAGUCGACCUUCUAGUCCGGUUUUCAAUCUGGCCUUUUUUAUAAUCGUUUCUUUUCUUAGUGUUUUGCACUUGAAAUUUCGAGUGUUACUCCUACAUUUUAAUUAUCUAUAUGUAAGCUUUGUGUACUCGCCGGCAAGACGCAUCAUUCAUGGAAAGUAGGUUUUUAUCAUCUAAUUAUUUUAUUACUUAUUACAUAUAAAGUUAUCCAGAAUACCAGAACAACUAUCCAAAUGGCAAUUUUUUGCUGUGCAGUUAGAUAUGCUGUUCAAAACGGCUAGAGUUUGUCUAUAUUAUAUAUCCAACUAGCAGUCUGCUCAGCACGUGAAUAUACCAGGCGACAUAGAAUAUGAUGACCAUACUUAUAUACUUUAGUUUAGUUAAAUGAUUGCUUACUUGUGUAUUUCAAAUUUCUCAAAAACUUCAUGCGUAAUUUAAAAUAUUUUGGCUCUUGUUAUGAUAUAUUUUUUCAAAAUGGCUGUGCAUAUUUUUAAAAAUGUCAAGAUUGCGAUGUUAACCGCUGAAUAGAUGCGUCAUUGAGAUCAUACACAGGGUGAUUUGCCGUAUAUCCAAUAUAUUUGAAUAACCCUGAGUACCAGUACACAAAGGUAAUAUUUGAUAAUAUUAAUUGAUGUUUACUCAGAUAUUUGAAUCUGUGAAUGCUAACUGCUCAGGAUUGUAUACUGGGCGAAUUUUUCUACAGGCAUUGCUUGAAGUAUCAGAGCUAUUAUUUUCAAAAUAUGUUUUGUUUAACCAAUUUUUAAAUAUCAAAUAUAUUUGUUACUGCAUCAGUUUUCUUUCAGACAAAUGUAUUUGAAUCUAUUCAAGCUUUAACGAGAUGUUUGUGGUUAAGUGAUUUUCCUCAGGCAUCUUCCAUGUACUACAAGCAUUGCCUAGAACAGUUUCAGUUUUAUUCCUUAAUUUUUAAAUUAAUAUUGCAUUCAUUGAAUGUUUUUAUGAUACGUUUCUCUUGUGGUUGAAGUGUACAUAUGAAACGUAAUUUUGUUGUAAAUAUAGAUUGAAAAAUA